GUCAAUUCAACGUCAAAAAUGAUGCUGUGAAUUGCGAUUAUUCUUUUACAUCUUGAAUUUAGGGAUUACGGAAAAUCGCCUUAAUUACAGAAUUUACUACUGGAGCAAAAACUGAGACGACCGCGGAAUUUGGUAAAAGGAGGAAGGAUUGUGUUUAGAAUACACAAUGGAUUGUUGGAAAAUAUGGGUCCUUUUCGGUACCUUUAUAGGAUUCAUAGAUGAAAGCCGGUCAAUGAGAAGAGAGCCCAUAUCUGGAACUUACAUUGUAUGGAUCAAAAAGGGCACAUCUGAAGAGCAGAUGAAAGUACAUAUGCAAUCUACAACUGAUAUAUUCAUCAAGGACGGAGACGCCGAACUUGGACUUCUGGAACCUACUGAUGAUGCGUUUCAGUCCAUGUUAGAUACAUUAGUUGAUCCCAACGGAGUCAACGCUGAUGAAGAAACUUUGGAAAACUAUGAAAAAGAUAAAGACAAAAUGGAUAAGGAACUACAAAAAGAACUAGAAUAUGAAAAUAAAAUGAAUAAAUAUUACAGAAAGAAAAUAGAGGAAGAAAAUAAAAAGAAAUGGGGAGUCUAUAAAGACAAGUCAUAUUAUAAUGACAAAAGCAAGAGGUCAUCAUCAGAAGAAGACGACAGCUAUAUGACUUAUUCCUAUAGAUAUCCCGUAUAUUCAGUCCUAAGGCUUACUAGGAGUAGAUACCAAUACCAAAAUCUGUACAGAAGCGAAGUUAUUGAGACAGUCUGUAUCGUAAAUGGACAAAAGGUUUAUUCAUACAUCAUAUCUGGAGCCGAUGAAAGAUUAAUGAAUUUAUAUCAAGAUAUACCAGACAUUUACAUGAUUGAACAAGAGGAAAAAGUGACGAUAGAGGGCGGUAAGGAGGAAACAUGUAUAACGCAAACUAAUCUCGAAGCAUCGUGGGGUCUUGAUAUUAUGAAUAGAAGGGUCGAUGUAACAAAUGAGCCAUUUGAUGAUAGCUAUUCCGUUUUUAGUUCAGCAACAGGCAGAAAGGUCCAUGUUUAUGUAUUGGAUGCUGGAAUAAAGAAACAACACCAAGAAUUCUUAAGACAAGAAGACCCUAGAUAUGGUGUUAAACUUAAAAAGAUUGGCAGACGCAGAGUUUUCAGUGGUAUUAACACCAUCACAACCUCUGAUUUCAAAGAAGACACCAAUGGGCAUGGGACGGCAGUUGCUGCCAUCAUUGGAGGUAGGACUCUUGGUGUUGCUAAGCAAACCAUUCUCCAUCCUGUCAAAGUUAUGGACCGCAAUGUUAGAGGUGAAAUCGUUGGGACAAUAGGGAGUGUUAUUCGAGGAAUUGCAUUUGUGCUUGCAAUGGAGAAUGAAGAGAGGAAAAAGGAAAGAAAAGUUAUUGUCAAUAUGUCAUUGAAAACUGGAUUUAGCAGGCUACUUAACGCUGCUGUACAGGAAUUACUUGAUAGUGGUAUAACUGUAACAGCUGCUGCCGGAAAUGACGCAGGAGAUGCGUGCGAGGUUUCACCUGCCUCGCUAGAUGGCGUUAUAUCGGUUUCUGCAGCAACAAGGAGAGACGAGCUACAUUAUUCAACCAACAGAGGGAGAUGUGUAGAUAUAGCUGCCCCGGGUGAACAAAUAAAGAGUGCUUCCAUUCUGUGUAAUACGUGUACAGGGACAUUCACUGGCUCAUCUUUUGCCACUGGAUUCGUGACUGGGGCCAUUGCCGGCUAUAUGAGUCAACAAAGCAACGUGAUCAGUCCCGAAGAGGCAAAGCGGUGGAUUGUUAAUAAUGCAUUCAAGAAGAACAAUCUGAGCUUCCUUCGUAUUGCUGGUUGUACUCCAAAUAAAAGAUGAUCAUGGAAAUAAAAUGUCAUAGAGACAAUCAUAAAUAUAAAUGAUAAUUUGUUUCCUAUUACCGAUUAGACCAAGGAAUAAAGUUUCAAUAUAUAGGCUCUUAAGACAAUCAUAAAAAACAGAAAGGUAUCUUCCUUAUACUGUACGAAUUUCCCCGUUAUACUUUAAUGGUUAGCCCAUGGCAGUGAUGGGCUAUCUGUCCUUAUACAAUUAAACUAAGGAAAGUUAAACAUCAGAAGUUUCUUUCCUAUGCGAAUUGCCUAGUCAUACUCUAAUUAGACCAAGAUAUACAGUUUCUAAAAGACAAUCAUAUGAAC